GUUGUGGAGCACCAUGUAUGGAGGGCCGCACUUUCACAUCGGAGCUCUGUGGAGACAUCGGAGAACCAGCGAACAUGGGCAUCGGGGAUGUUGUCGGCACCCAGUUCGAGGGCGACAGAUAUAGGGCGAGUCCAUCUGCACAGUCGUGGCACUAUAUUGAUGACCCUCCUUCCACCCCCGUGCCUCAAACACACGGCGGUGUGCACCCUUCGAACAACCGACCCUCUCUCGCCAUGCCCAUGACGGAUGUAUUGUCAGACGGAGGUCGGGGGGCGUACCCGACGACAGUGUACGAGUUCGGCACGCAGCAGGGUUCGAGUGGGACAUAUGGGCAAUGUGCGCCGCAACCUCGUGUGCGGGGAGCACCUACAAGGACAGAGUCCCCCAGAUGGGGGUGUGGUCCUGAGCAUUCUGUGCAGGCAUCGCAGCAUCGCCUGCAAGGUCUUCCGCCACUCUCUCCGCCGCUCACUAGACGCACAACGACAAUGGGUGAAGACAACACUCCCGGGCAGGCGAGGGUGCAGCAGACUGCAAUCAGUGCAGCGGGCACCCGGAAGGAUGGAGGGCCAGCAUGUGGGGCCGACAUGGGGAGUGAAGAGGAGCAGCAGCAACCGGGGAUUGCGGAGCACAUUGCGGACCAACUUCAAAGGCCCCGCGUUGUGCUGCCAACGGCUGGCGAAGGACGGAGUGCCGCAUCCCCAAGUGCGGCCAGUGCUGGCGAGAAGAGAAAGGCUCCGAAGCCAGCGCCACCUGCGAAGAAAAACACCAUCUGGACGUUGGAGGAGCGAGUGCUUCUGGCGAAAAUAAGUGGCGAGGAUGAUGCUCUCAUGGCCGACGCAGAAGGUGCUCACCAGCGUAUGACCAGAGGCAGGCGCUACGACUGGAUAGCGGACCGGAUGAAAGAGGAGGGGUACACAUGCACGGGGGAAAAUUGUCGAAAGAAAUGGGCGGAGCUGACAAAGAAAGUGAAGGAGAUCAGAGAUGCUUGCGAUGGAUCUGACAAACCGACGUAUUGGGAGAUUACAACCGAGGAAAGGAAGAAGUUGGGCAUCAGCAUGACUUUCGAGAGGCCGUUGUGGGAUGUCAUGGAGUGGUUCCGUACCAAGGCUGCAUUCGUCAUGUCGAACACCAUGGCAUCCGAGGAGUUCAGACCGGGCGGGUGUACGACAGUGAACGACGCUGACUCGGAAGGAACAGGGACGGAAGCUUCGGAUAGCGCAGCGAAGACCCGUAGGACAUCCUCUGGCUUCGCCGCCGUCGAUUUGGAGGUCGCACUGGGGUUCAACAAGCGGCUGUUGUCGCACUUCCUGUUAUGGGUGAAGAAGACAGGGGAUGCGGUGCCCGACAAUUGGGCAGAUCUCGAAGUGGACAUCGUCGGUGACAUCGUCACCUGCUUCAUUGACAACCUCGCCAUGGAACAUGCGAGCAGGCUCGACAUGGGGCCAUUUUAUCACACGUUCAUGGUCCCCCUCUUGUCGGCCGCGGCUAUCUCCAUGGCGAGAUUCGGUUGUGAGAUUGUUCGGCGCUACGGUGUUGCGCCACGUGUCAGUGCAGCAUGUGAUCGAAGUGGAAGGCGGAACCGGAUUCGCUGGAUCGAUUGAAUGGCUGCGCCGGUUCAAAGUCUUGGCGGGUGGAAGACUGCUGCGCGGUGACGUGGUGAUUGUCUCCGAAGUUUUGCGGCGCACUGUUGUUUGCCACGUCAGCAUCUGAUGGACAGGCCGACGGGGCGAUUGUUUGAUUGCGUAGGCUAUGAUGUUCGGGCAAGGGCGACAUGGUCGUUGUCACUGUUGUUUUGCGGCGCACUGUUGUUUGCCUGUUCAGCAAGGUCGGCGGUCAUAAUCCGCUGGACACAUGCGAGGUUUGAGGACGCGGCACGUCCUUCGCAGUCCUGGUUUGGGGAUUUUUGAAGACGAUGGAUGGUGACAUGUCAACGUCGGCAAUGUCGUUCGCACGGGAGGGGGGAAUUUGGAUGGUAGUGUCUUCAUUGUGCAAGUGUUUUGGGAGUGUCGGGGGUAGGGCUGGAUCGCGGGGGGCUAUUAAAGGGGUUUUGUUGGGGGCGGUGGUGGAAGUUAGGGAUUGCUUGCCGUGAGUUUUGUUUCUUUUUGUCGCCAUUGUUUUUUUUUUUUUCCCGGUUACGUGACGUUGGUUGCUGUGCGUCGUUGGAUGACAGUGAUGACAAUCUUUGGUUUGUUGUUAGACAACGGUUGUAAUGAAGCGCUGAAGCCGAU